AACCGGCUGUAGUUUCGGGUGUGCUUCAUUCAAACACGCACGUACUUACAGAGUAUUGGGGCCGGUAGCCGUGGUUGUUUCAGUCCGUUCACGUCGCUCUGCUCCCGGGCACACUUCCCCUCGCGCUGCAUAAACUUGCGCAUGCGCGUUACAGAUGUGAGCAGAGUCAGGUGUUUUCAAGUAAUGUUUGAGAUGGUCCGCAUUAUUAUGUCCUUAUGUCCUUAAACCAAAUUUCGCCGACAAGUUCGUUUAUUAUUAUGAUAAUCUUAAUGAUAUAAUCGUCUCUCUUUCAACCUUACGUUACAACAUGACACACGUUUGAAAUGAGGCCUAGUCUUUAUGGUACAUUUCCAGAGGGACAUUAAUUCCCUCUGCUCACUUUUAGGGAAAAGUAUAGGCUAAAUAAUAAUAGGCAAACGUUUUGGUUCAGGGUGAACAUUAUAUGUUCUUUUAUGUAUUUCUUCAUACGUUGCCAUACUGAUGGCAUGAAGAAGAGUUAAAGCCCCGUUAUUAUUGGACAUGGAUACAAUCCGAAGCCCAAGGGGUUUUGGGUGCUUGCUCCUUUAGCUUGACGUACGCUCCUGAUCUUGAAUCUAGAAUCGAUUGCUCUUCCUUAGUGUCCCGGAUGUUGGGGUGUCAAGGUUGAAGUUUUUUGGGUUGAAUAUUGUAACCUGCGGAUGUUGGUGUGUCAAGGUUGAUUUUUUUUGGGUUGAAUAUUGUAACCUCCAUUUCUGUUGCGGCUGAAUAUUUCAAAAAAAAAAUUUUUUAGAUUGAAUUUUUUUGCGGUGUUUUAAUGUUUUAAUGUUGAAAAACAUGUACAUAAUUUCAAUGCAUAAAUAUUCAGUGCUAGAAAUUCAAUCACCUUUUUAUUUCAACCCCCGAUGGCACAGAUUUACUUCCAUACCGUCGGCUCUGUGGAGAAAUUUUACAUGUUAACGGAAAAGUGAGAAGAGUUAUAGUGCCCUGUAAAUAUUUGUUUGCAGCUUUGCAACCUUCACCUCUUACUUUGUUUACUUAAAGAAGGGUAUGUACUGCUCAGUAAUUUUGAAAAAAUACUGGUGGUGCAAAAUCUCAGACACGCAAUGAAAUUUGAUCUAAGCUGCUUCAUAUUUCUCAUAUGUCAUAUGUAGACAUCCAUGUGAUGAUUGUCAACCCCAGUCCUAGCGCCACCGGGUGGCAACAUGAAGCUGCAUGUUUUUUUUUUAAACUUUAAACCCUGUUCCUCGCAGAUUAAUCGAAACCUAAGACCUUGACAUUAUUAAAGACAAAGUUUGCAAAGCGGCAUUCCCGGCGUCGCUGCACAUGGUUCACAACAACUGACUCAGGGACGCGUUGUUCGCCGUCCGGCCAGUGCACAAACGUGCGCGGAGUAGCGAUGAUUAUUAUUUACAAAAUGAAUGUCUCAUUUAAUAAGCAUUGAAUCUCCUUUUUUGGUUACCAGAAUAAAGUUUAUACAUGAAGCUAAAGUUAUAGUUUUCUCCCAAUCUGUUUUUUUUAAUUUUUUUUAUUUCUCUUUUUAAGGCAAGCGGGUGCGGACAUUACGGGGGGGCACAGGCAUUUGCGGGCAGUCUAGUUCAUACAUGGUGUUAAUCAGAAGCGUUUAUAAAGUUUCUACAGUUACAUGUAUUUUCUCCCUAUUCUGACCUAGGCAUUGCCAUGAUACAAUGAGUUCUGCCUUGUGGGGGUCAUUGACAAGCACACAGAGGUCUUCUUUCUCAAUGAGAGAUUAUUUGAAAGCACUAUCAGCUGGGAAUGCUGGAAAUCAGGCCAGUAUCUAAUUAAAAUAUUGAGCAAGCAAGAGUAGGCUUACCAGUGAACCACUUCUUUGUUGUUGCUCUUUUUCAUAAUUUCUUUGAGAUGGUCAGUUAUCCUGCUCCUUAUAUUUUACAUUGAGUAUGUGUGACGUGUUGUGCACCAAUUCGAAUUCCCCUUCAUUGGCUUUUAGUUGAUCUGGCCAGUUGAUUGGAUGUUUGCCUUACGGCAAUGCUUUCAAGUGCUAAUUGGCAAUUUAGGACUCACCAUAGAAAAUCCUUUUGGGAGAAAUAACCGGAUUUUCUGGUUUUAAGAUGUCAUUCUACUAAAACUGAGAAAAAGAACAUUAAAAAAGUGUGUAGGAUAUAAUGGGAGAUCAAACGCCAUAAAAAGAUGGAACCAUGAUCAUACUUGACAUUAUUGUAAUAUAAACAUCUGUUUUUACCACUUUCCGGCUUUUUUUAGGCUUUGGAGUUGGAGGUACUUGCGCACGCAACUUGAAAUGCGUGUUUCCGGGAGCACUGGAACGCAGCACGGGUGUCUGUAGGUCUCGUGCUGACUGAGUGGAAAAGCCUCACGGACUACAACAAUGACUGUGAGCAAGCAUGGCCGGCUAGUUUGAAUGUAGUUUACUUCAGUAAAAGUGCCGGUAAUAUUCACUACAUGCGCUCUUGGCAGGUUCCCGAGCACUGUGUUAAAUGGAGCUCGAGGACCAAUGGUGGAAAGGACAACUCGCUGCAGACAUCUACCAGGCGCUCCGAUACAAAGAACUUAAGUUGCCAUCCUACAAAGGCCAGUCCCCGCAGCUCAACUUGAGGCGAUACUUUGCAGACCUCAUAGCCAUCGUCAGCAACCACUUCAGGCUGUGUCCUGCAGCUAGACACCUGGGCGUCUACCUGCUGGACCUCUUCAUGGACCGCUACGAUGUCACGGUGCAGCAGCUUCACAUGGUCUCACUCUCGUGUCUUCUUUUGGCCAGUAAAUUUGAGGAAAGGGAGGACCGGGUGCCCAAGCUGGAGACCCUGAACAGCUUGGGCUGCAUGACCUCCAUGAACCUGGUCCUGACCAAACAGGGUUUACUUCACAUGGAGCUGCUCCUGCUGGAAUCCUUCCAGUGGAACUUAUACCUCCCCACAGCCGCUCAUUUCAUAGAAUACUACCUGUCUAUUGCCGUCCACGAGGAAGACCUCCAUGACGGCUGGCCGAUGACCUGCCUGGAGAAGACCAAACUAUACAUGGCCAAGUAUGCUGACUACUUCCUGGAGGUUUCCUUGCAAGAUCAUAUGUUAUUGUGCUUCGCCCCCUCUCUGGUGUCCGCUGCGUGCGUGGUCACCUCCCGCCUCGUCCUCCACCUGUCCCCCUCAUGGCCACCCCGACUGCAGCACCUCACAGGGUACACAUGGGAGAACCUGGUCUCGUGUGCAGAGAAACUACUGAUUGCACACGACGGUGACGUCAAAGAGGCCAACAAGCAGAAGUGCCAGCCGCCCGGCCAGCAGCAGCAGGGCCACGCGGUGUUCCACGGUUCAGGCCCGACAGUCACUGUGGCCCAGUACCUGCACCGCUCCAGCUUGCAGUAUCCCCAGCAGCCCCCGCCGCAGCCAGGCCUGGCCCCUAACCACAGGCCCGCCUCCUACCUCAGCCACUCUGCCGCCAGCCUUCAGGCGCCCAGCGACAACGCGCAGACCCUCGCUGCCUCCCAGGAUCCAAAGUCCAACAGGGCUUACCAAGUCAGCAUGCACUACACAUGCGCCGCCCAGUGCUUCGACAGAUGAUGGACUUUUUCCUGAAGUUUUUUUUUUUUUUUUUUUGGUGUGGGAGCAAGACAAUGGAUGUUGAUCUGUUUCUCUUGAACGAAAUCUAACGCAAUGAAGAAAUAAGUGUUUUUAAUUUGGAGAGACCUGAUGUACUUGGUACAGCACUUUGAACCACAAGGUGUACGUAAUGUGCAAUAUGCAUGCUCUGCAGUCAUUAAAUGCAUGGAGCUGGCAUUAGGAUUUCUGUUUGUUUGAGAUAUCGGGUGUGAAUGUUGUUGUGAUGUGGGCUAGAGGCAGAGUUUGCACCACUGAAUCCACUAGUGUCACUGUAUAAUUUAGCUGCAGACCAAAAGUCUUGUAUUUAUUUGAGCCAAAUUACCUCAAAAGUAUUGAAUGCACAAAAUACCUCGUGCCUUUAUCCUUUAAGUUUAAGGCUAGUUACAAAAAGGGACUUGUGUUGGUUUAUGGUUAAGAUUGGAGAGCACAGUUUGUGUACAUUUUCUGUACAGCAAACUUUUCUUUUUUUCUCCUUUUUGUUUUUGUAAUGAGUGUCGUUUGUUAAAAAAAAAGAGAAAUUAAGAAAAUAAAUAAUUCUCCUUUAGAUCUCGCAAUUUGUUUGCGUUUGCUCCUCUGUACAUGGAAGAUCAGUGCUAUGCAAAUUAUUUUAAAUAAAAUACACAUCUGUGUUGGUUGAAC